UCUUUCUGCAUUCACUCAGUAUCAGAAUGUCUUCUCCCAAUGCUCCAAAUCCAACCAUCAACACAACAACCUCUGACCCACUCUCCACUGCCUCUCAUCUCACCCAUCGUGAACUUCUCUGUCGUCGUCUUCGCAACAUCAAACGUCUUACCAAACACUACAGACGUCAGUAUUGGGAUCUCAUCGAACAAGUCAAGAUCAAACAUAGACAAUAUGUUAUUGAGACUGGUCUUAGCCCUUUCCAGGAUGAACCUGAUGUUGUUAUUGACAAUUACACUAACAUCUGUGUUUUUCAUGGUUGUAUGUCCAACCCUAUGCCUUGCACUUCAUUUUGCUUUCAGCAUAUUCUCUCUGAUCCAAAACAAGUUCUUUAUAAGCCUUGCACUUUCGUCAUCGCAAGGUCAGGUGAUGGACCUGUAACAUGCAAGAAACCGAUGGUGAGAUCCACCACUCCGUCAUACUGCACUGUCCACAUGAAAAAGGCGGCAAUGAGGGGAAAGGAUGUAAAACAGUGGUUAAGAAGGAUAGUGAUAAAGAGGAAAGCAAAACUGAGGCUGACAAGGAACAUCAAACUGAAGCUAAGAAGAUUACUUGUUUCAACUUGAGAAAAUAAGUCAAAUAAAUCGAAACUGUUGAAUAAA